UCAUCUAGUAGGGAGGGAGGCAACGACAGGGAGCAGAGAGGUAGAGGAGGAGAAGCAAAGGGAGGGAAGGAGGAGGAGAGAGGAGAAGAGAUGUCCUAGGAGAUCACAAGCUCAUCCUCGCUGAACCCAUCUGUUCCCAGACAUUGAGCUGGCCUUGUUGCUCGGAUCGUCGGGAAGUGAACAGGAUCGAACUGCAGUCUGAACCCCGUCCUGCGGCAACAGAUGUCUUUACAUGGCUGCCAGGAGGACAGCACGAUCACAGCGUUGCUGAGCUCACCGAGGUCCUUGCUGGCAUGCGAGAGGCAGGGUUACACCCCCGAGCAGCUGCUGUACCGAGGAGAAGAGGAGUUCCACGAUGCGCAGGCCGGUAGAGAGGUCUCCUUCCUCCGGUUCGAGCAUGCCGAGCUCGGGCGCCGGAGGAGGUUGAGGGAGGUGCUGAAUGAGUACGACAUGGUGUGCCGGGAGGACAUGCGGGAUGGCGACGAUGUGAGGCACCAGGGGCUGCCGUCGAGCCUAAUCCAGCUGAGCGCGAGGUCGUACGAGAAGGAGUUUGAGAUCCUCAAGAUGAAGCUGAGGGAGCAGAUCGCGGACGUGAUACGUGAGGACCUGAAGAAGGAGCUCGAGAGGAGCUCGCAGCACCAUCAUCCUCGUCCCUCCUCUCCAGCCAACGACAAGUCCAAGGGGCCCGCAGCUGGGGAGGGCAAGUCUGCCAAGUUCAAACCUCCUCCGCUGGUAAGGAAGCAGUCGGAGAACGCAGCGAGAAUGCAGAGAGAGCGAGAAGAGCAGCAGAAGCGGAACAUCCAGAUAAAGGAGGAGCGAAGGCUGGCAGCUCUCGAGAGGAAGAAGCACGAGCUGCAGGAGGAGAACGAGAGGAAGCGGACUGAAUUCCAGCUGAGGCUGUCCUCUGCGCAGGACGCGCUAAGGGACCACCAGAUGAAGCAGGAGAUGAUGCUGGACGAGAAGAUGAAGAAGAACGAGGUACAAAGGAAGAAGUUCGAAGAGGAGCGGAGGGAGGAGAUGGAGAAGAGGAAGCACAUCCUGCAGAUACGGCAGGACCGAGUGCAGCAGGCGAUCAGCGAGCUGGACAGCCGAGAGGAGGUAAAGAUCAGCAAGCUGAAGCAGAAGGAGGAAGAGGCCGGGAAGCGCCUGCAGGCUCUCCGGCAGAACAGAGGCGCGAGCUCGGAGCAGAGGAGGAGGGAAGCGGAGUACAAGGAGCAGCGGCGGCAGGAGAUACUGAUGAGGGCGGAGUAUGACAAGGAGGCGCGGAAACAGCAUCUGAUAGAGAGGCAACUGCAGGAUGAGAUACAGAUUCAGCAUCAGAAGGAGAAGAAGGAAAGGGAGAGGAGGCUGCACGUGGAGUUGGAGAGGCAGCGGAAGCAGGAGAGGAUGGAGGCGAUCGAGCGGUACCGGCGCAUGGAGGAGUACAAGAGGAAGCAGCAAGCAGAGAGGAUCGAUGAGGAGACUCGGGCGAUCCAGCAGCGGAAGUCAGACAUGAAGAGACUGCACGAGUUCAUCCUGGCGGAGAAGCGAGAGAGGGAGCACCUGAAGAAGCUCAUGGUCGACAGCGUCAGGCACUUCGCCGUGACGCGCGUGUGGAGCGUGCCAGAGGAGGUCAGCUCGGAGAUCGACUACAACGAGAUCAAGUCCGCCAUCCAGGAAGAGUUCUGGAGCCAGAGGACGGGAUCGCAUGCGCUGAGGGACCAGGAGAGCAGAGACGUUCUCAAGCCGGCUCCUCCUUCUACAGCGCCGGGGCAUGCUCGUCAGGUCUUCGUUACCCAGGAAGCAGAAGGCUCGUGGAGCAGGGGGGAUACUCGGGAUCGCCUCGACCAUCACCCGAGACUAGUCGACCCAAGGGAGGCACAGGGAAGGUAUCUUCCUCCUGCUCCUGCUCCUCCCCUUGUGCAGCAGCAGAAGCAGCGCCCCAAGUCUGCUCACGUCAGUUCGACUCGCGUGGUCCUGUCAAAUUCAGGUCACCCACUCAAUGGGAUCGCUCCUCUUGCUCCGCAUCCAGACCACAGGGAGAUCGAGGAGGGGCGAGAGCGUGAGAUAAGGAGUUUCAGGCAACCGGCGAAAAAGCUUCGAAAGAAGAAGAGGAUCAAGAAUGGGUUCGCGCAAACUCCGCUCCUGCCUGCUCCUAUCAUGCAUGUGGUCGAGAGCCUUCGAAAGAUUCAGAACUUGGAGCUGACACGCAUGAUUCAACUGGAGGAGGAGCAGGAGAAGCGGCGAGAGAAGAUGUACGAGAUGGCUGAAGAUGAAGACAGGACGGAGUUGAAGAGAAUCUUUGAGAAGGAGAGGAGGAGAGGAGCUCAAGAGAUUAUGAAGAUGACUGCCGCACACGAGGAGCAUCUUGCUAAUUUAUUAACACAACAUGUGCGAUGAUUAGAAUUCAUGUGAAAAAAGUCAAGUAAAAAUUGAAUAACAC